CUCUCUAGCUCUCGCUCGCCGUCAUCUCAGUGGUAGCGUGGGGACGUGCGGAAAAGCGGGCCGCCAAAUUCGCCAUACUUGGAUGCCCGUGCUGCUGGAAGAGAGUUCUCGGGUGAUAACCAUGUCUCCUAUUAGAGAUCGCUAGACAAAAUCAAGCGGGACAUUUGCCAGAAUCAAGAAUGAUGGAUCCGUGCUCAGUUGGAGUCCAGCUUCGUAGCACAAAUGAGUGCCAUAAAACCUACUAUACUCGUCACACAGGUUUCAAGACUUUGCAAGAAUUGUCAUCAAAUGAUAUGCUUUUACUUCAACUUAGAACUGGAAUGACACUUUCUGGGAACAAUACAAUUUGCUUUCAUCAUGCAAAAAUUUACAUUGAUAGAUUUGAGGAUUUGCAGAAGUCAUGUUGUGACCCAUUUAACAUACACAAAAAACUAGCCAAAAAAAAUUUGCAUGUAAUUGACUUAGAUGAUGCCACUUUUCUGAGUGCAAAAUUUGGCAGACAGCUGGUACCUGGUUGGAAGCUUUGUCCCAAAUGUACACAGAUCAUCAAUGGAAGUGUGGAGAUUGAUUGUGAAGACCGGCAGAGGAGAAAACCUGACUCAGAUGGAAGAACUGCUAAAGCUUUGAGGUCAUUACAAUUUGCAAACCCAGGAAAGCAAACUGAAUUUGCUCCAGAAACUGGUAAAAGAGAAAAAAGAAGGCUUACAAAGAAUGCAGCUGCUGGUUCAGACAGACAAGUGAUACCAGCAAAGAGUAAGGUCUAUGAUAGCCAGGGUCUCCUCAUUUUCAGCGGGAUGGACCUCUGCGACUGCCUUGAUGAAGACUGCUUAGGAUGCUUCUAUGCCUGUCCUGCCUGUGGCUCUACCAAGUGUGGGGCUGAAUGCCGCUGUGACCGCAAGUGGCUGUACGAGCAAAUUGAAAUAGAAGGAGGAGAAAUAAUUCAUAAUAAACAUGCUGGAUAAUUUGUGGUAUCAAACAUAGGAUCUUUAAAGGUCCUUUCUCUGUUCCUAAAAUUUUGUCAUUCUAAGGUACAUUUUAAAGUUGAUUGCCACGUGACAAAAAUUUGAAAUCCACCUCAACAUGGACUCAUCGUGCGCUAAUACUGCAUUUAGUGUGCUUUAAGAUUCAUUGUUUGAUGUGAAUCUGGAUGGCCCGUUACUCAGCAGUCAGCUCUAAGCCUGUCUGGGUCAAUGUAAACAAGUAGGGUACAGGCAGUCCUCAAUUUGCACCAUUCCCACAUCCACACAGUUCUGAUGACAGUGAGUGAGUUCACACCAGUUCCCUAACAGCACAGUUCAAAUUUUAGUUACCACGGUCUAUUAACUGAGAGUAAUUACACCAAGUACAAAUUUCCCUGCUAGCUCUUCGGUCCACAAGUCACUAUGUGAGUAAUAGAUGUAGUUCAUGCUCAAUGACCAAUCACGUUACUUCCCAAAUUCUGCUAGUGAUUGGUCACUGCACACCUAUUAAUCGGUUCAGUCACAGCAAACUACACAGUAGUACACAGCUUGGUAGAGCUGUGACAUUUUAUAAAAGAUAAUGAAAAGAAUUGGCCAACAAAGAUGAAAGCGCAGUGAAGAGAUGAAAAGUCAUAAUGCUAGAAGUGAGGUUUGAAUUGAACAUUCAUGGAGCUGUAGAAGAAACUGCUAGUGGUGGGAAUGUUAGCCCUGCUGCCUUUUUGGAGCCUCUGCCCACACAGCCAGAGGCGCUUUGUGAAGGCAGCUCACGAGCACAGGGAAGGAAAGGGCUGAGGAAGUGAAGGUAAGAAGCUCCACACUAAAGGGAAUCACAGAAACAUUUCACAACAUUCAAAGUACAUAUGAUUAAGAUGGCAGAAACUUAAUCCAGACUUAAAGGAGUAUGUCAUUUUGCCAUGGUAUGGAAGAGAUGCUUACCCGAAUAAGUUAUUUGACAGAAAACGGCAAGCGUUAUUAAUGCUUGAUUCCUUUUUUUUUUUUUAUUAAAUAACACUGAUUGUCAGUGUUUCUAAUGUUUUAAAUUACAAUGCACUACAUACUUUUAUAAUUUUUUAUUGACAUUUUAACAGUUUUUAAUAUUUUCAGAGUUUUAAAACUCGUAGAAUAAGUAUAAUUUUCCCCAUUGAUUAUUAAGAAAGAUUGCUUUGAAUGGCCAUUUUUUAUGGUUCCACAGUAUCAUGCAAGGCAAGGUAGCUGAAAACAGUGCCUACUUCUGGGAAAAAUAAUUCUGAUACAAGUGGUUGGUUGUUAAACUAUUUAGGGAAUAAUCUACAUAUCUUAAGUGCUAAAACAUGCCAUUUUGUCUCCCCGCUUAAACUCUUCAAGCUGGUUAUUAAAAUGGUUUAAUACUAUAAACCUUCCAUUGUUUAGACCAUGCAUUUUUGGUGAAAUUGUGUUCUCAAUGACAAAAAAAUCUUAUUUCUGUGUAUAAAGCCUGAAUCUAUGAGUACAUACAAUAUAUGAACAGAUACAUUAUUUCUGUGGUAUUAAAAUCUUAUAGGGUGUUGAUUAGGAUUAAUAGGACUAAAAAAGCCUUAAAAGGGUAAUAAUUUUUUUAAAAGGUGGAGAAACACUGGUUGAGACUAUAAAUUAUUUGGAAAUUGAUUGAAACUUGAUGUUGGAAUUUGGGUGCUGUUUGGAGGCCGGGGGUGGCUGAUAACUUCUCUGCUCUUUUUUAAGACAGCUACCUGUCAUUCUGUUUAAAAUCUCAUUAUCUAGGAUAUUGCUACUAAACUAGGUUUUGGUUUUUUGUGGGUUUUUUUUUGUCUUCCCUAAAUAUAGUACUUUAAUUUAAUCAAAUGAGCUUUAAACAAUACAAAAUAUUUUUGUAGCUAUUGAAACUAUAAAUUUAUACAGCCAUUUUUAUUGAAUUGACCAAUAGAAGUUUAUUUUUAUUUCUGUACACUUUGGGUAUCUCUUUAAAAUGACUGGUUUUACUUUGAUGGAAUGUCAUUUUCAAUCACAGAAUUAAAUGUUAUUUUUAAGUUAUAAUUGUUCACUGACCUAGUUGUCAGAAGUACAUUCAUCAAUUCCAGAGCACUGGCAAAAAAAAUACUUUAGCAUUAUAUACUUAAAUCUGAUGCUAGAUUUUUUUUUUUAUGAAUUAAAGAAAUUUUCUUAUAAAGGAUACAGACUCCAAUUUUUGUAUCCUAUCAUCAUUUUUGUUGCUUUUAAGUAUGAUUUAGUAUAUUGCUAAAGCUCUUCAUAAGAACAAAUUAAAAUCUGAUUUUUUGAGUAAAACAGGAAUAUCUUUUCAAUAGAAUAAAUGGCUUUAAAAUUGUGAUAUUGUCAGCAUUCCUAAGUAGAACAUUUCUGUUAGUUUUCAAAGAUAGCAAUAAGUUUUUCAAAGGAAAAUUUAUUGAACACUUUUGCUAAUAUUUGUUCAUUAUGCCUAUUUAGGAGAACAAACUGAGCAUGCAAAAUGUUUACAGAGAAAGUUAUAUCUGAUUUAGAGUAGGCUGUAAUAAAAGCUGUGUUUUGGAAAAUUUGUA